CUGGGUAUCUUUUACCGGACAGCUGAUUUUAAAAACAAAAUAAUUUUUAACAGAAAUUACAAAAUUUUUUUCUAUUGAUAAGUAAACAAUGAAUGUUGUUCAAAAUUUACGUUGUAUACUAAGAAAUCAACAGAAGCUUUUGCAAAAUGCUUACGCCACAGCUUCAAUACGCGGUGUUUCUUCCUAUACCGAAAUGACGCAGUGCGAUGGUGUACGUGAAAUAACAUUAAAUGAAGCGAAAACACGGAAUUCGCUCUCAUUAGCAAUGAUGGAUUCAAUAUUGGAAAAUUUAACAAAAGAUAUAAAUAACGAAGAGUUGCGUUGUAUUAUUCUAUCAGCUAAUGGGCCGGUAUGGUCGGCGGGACAUAACUUAAAAGAACUUGCCAAUUCAGAUGAGUGUGAGCAGACUGAGGUUUUUAAUAAAUUAACAGAAAUAAUAAUGAAUAUAUAUCAAGCGCCUGUGCCGGUUAUUGCAAAAGUCAAUGGUCUUGCUGCCGCUGCUGGUUGUCAAUUGGUGGCAUCUUGUGACAUUGUUGUCUGUUCUGACAAAAGCAGUUUUUCGACACCUGGGGCUAAUUUUGGUAUAUUUUGUUCAACUCCUGGUAUUGCAGUGUCUCGAGUUAUGCCUAGACUGAAGUCUUCCUAUAUGGUGUUAACUGGUUUGCCCAUAAAAGCACAAGAUGCAAAUGCAGCUGGUUUAGUAAGUGUUGUUGUGCCUGAAAAUCAACUUGAUGAGGAAGUAUCUAAAAUUGCAGCAUCCAUUAUCAGUAAAAGUCGUGCUGUUAUUGCUUUAGGAAAGAGUUUUUACUACAAACAAUUGGGCAUGAAUAUUAGAGAUGCAUAUACUGCAGGAGCUGAGAAAAUGACUGAGAAUUUGAAUAUUGCUGAUGGGGUGGAAGGUCUGAAGAGCUUCUUAGAAAAACGUAAACCGAAUUGGACUCAUAAAUAAUUUCGACAUACAAAAGAGCAACAAAAACUGAUGUAUCAAAUCGGAAAAAUAGAAAUGCAUUUAUUUUGUAAUCAAUAUUGUAUUGAUGCUAUAAAUAAGCAUCAACCAAUACAAUAAAAAUAAUUAAAUAAGAUUA